AGUUACCAUGUAAACGAUAAAUGGCAUUUUGUCAAUAGCUGUCAUACGGUGUUUUAAUAUUUUACAAUAGAACAAGAAUAUAUUACAAAAUCAUAAAAUGUCCGGAGUGAACAGGCCCAUGAGCCAGAUGAGAAAAUUGGAAACGAAAGAAGCCUUAUUUCGCGCCAGGAAGCGAAUCCUAAAGUACAUGGUGCUAGGAUACCUAAAGCAGGAAGGGUUCCUGCACACCGCUGAGACGUUCGCAGCGGAGGCGGCGCUCACCGGCGAGUACGAAGUCUGUGAUAACAUUGACUUAGAUAUUAUAUUGCAAGACUAUUGCAGUUACUACCUGAUCAGGUUCAACAAGCAGCCGCAGUUCUGCCGCAAGGUGGAGGAGCGGCCACCGACGCGCCGCCCGCAAACACGGAAGACCAAGCCGGAACGAGUCGAGGUCCUGGAGAAGGAGGAGGUGGAUCUACCAGCUUCGUUUAUUGUCACCAAGUUGUUGAAGGAUGAUCAAGAUCAUGCAGACACCACUCCAAUUGAGCGAAAGUCCUUAUCUGGUUUUCUGGUCAACACGACUCCUGACAAGAAGCAGAUAGUAGAACUCCUGUACCAGGACAUUAUAAGACCCUCGGGUGUGACCUGGGACGACGUGAAGGGAUUGGCGACGGCCAAGAGUUUGCUCAUGGAGUCCGUCGUCUAUCCAGUGAGGUACCCCUCGUUGUUCACGGGCGGGCUGGAGCCGUGGCGCGGGGUUCUGUUACACGGUCCGCCCGGCACCGGCAAGACGCUGCUGGCACGUGCCGCCGCUGCAGAGGGUGGCUGCACGUUCUUCAACGUCGCCUGCAGCACCCUCGUCAAUAAGUGGCGAGGAGAGUCCGAGAAGAUUGUCAAGGUCCUUUUUGAAAUGGCAUCCUACUACUCCCCAUCAGUAAUCUUCAUAGAUGAGAUCGAGACGCUGGCGUCGGAACGGUCGGCGGGCGAGCACGAGGCCUCGCGCCGGCUGAAGACGCAACUCCUCACGGACCUGGACGGCAUCAGCCAGAGGGACGGGAUCGUUUUCUUGCUCGCCAAUACUAAUAUGCCGUGGGAAAUCGACCCAGCCAUGUUACGGAGACUAGAAAAGCGCAUCUACAUCCCUCUGCCAGAUCUGAACACCCGCACAGAACUGUUCGAGAAGUUUCUAAACAGCAAGACCAUAGAGGUAUACCCGAAGGUAGACUUCAAAGAGCUGGCAGCCAAGACUGAGGGUUACUCAGGCAGUGACAUCAAGCUGGUCUGCAAGGAAGCGCUAAUGUGCACCGUGAGGAAGUUGUUGCCGAAUAUGGCGGGUAAAAGUUGCAACGUUCCUCGCAAAGACAGACUGGAUCUGUGUGACGUGUACACAGCUAUAGAGAAGACCAAACCCGUCUCCAAGAACUUGGCGAAGAGACACGAACAAUGGCAGAGCGAAAUGGGAUGCGCGUGAAGUCUGAUUCAAGAUAUUUCAACUUGCUCGAGGGUACCUCUGCUUAAGGGGCAGAACGGGGAAAUAUUUGUGAUAUUGGAAAUUUUAAACAUUAUUUUAUAGUCACA